CCUCAAUUAAAAAAACGCAAUCGGCAUUGUUUGCCAUUUCUGAGCAGUCAUGAUGAGACAGCGACUUCCUGCAGCGCUUUCCCUUAUCCUUCUUGGCUUCAGUCAAGUCGGUUCGGCCUUGACCACUCGUCAGGAAUCGACCUUCACCAACCCAGUGAUAUGGGCCGACCUCGCAGACCCUGAAGUCUUCCAGGUCGACGACGCAUUUUACUACAGUGCUUCAACAAUGCAUUACUCUCCCGGCGCACCUCUUCUCCGGUCUUACGAUCUUGUCAACUGGGAGUUCGUCUCGCACUCGGUGCCCGAACUUCCCGGUGCCAAAUUCUCGCUCAACGGCAGCGAUCACGCAGCUUACGUCAACGGGGUCUGGGCCUCUUCGCUGGGAUACCGCGAAAGUAACGGCGUCUUUUACUGGUAUGGCUGCAUCCAAGGCACAGAUGAGACGCAUAUCUACACUGCGUCCAGCGCCGAGGGCCCGUGGACUCAUCACGACCCCAUUCCGAAGUGUUACUAUGACCUCGGCUUAUUGAUUGAUACCGACGACACUAUGUACAUCGCCUACGGCGCCAUCGACAUCCGUAUUGCGCAGCUGUCGCCAGAUGGCUUCACAGAGGUUCGCAACGAGGUUGUGUACACUGAAGAUGCCCACAGGUACAUCGAGGGCUCGAGAUUCUACCACAUCAAUGGCAACUAUUACAUCUGGGUCACCAAGCCCGGAGACGAGCAGCAUGUUCUGAAAUCGACGUCGGGUCCCUGGGGUCCGUAUGAAGCCCGAGAGGUGGUUGCGCAGAUGAAGGCUCCUGUCGAGGGAGCAGGAGCACCACAUCAAGGCGGCCUUGUAUCGACCCAGGAUGGGAGGUGGUAUUACAUGGCCUUCAUCGACGUCUAUCCCGGUGGCCGUGCCCCCGUUCUCGCCCCAAUCGAUUUCAAUGCCGAAGGUUGGCCGAACGUGGUCACAGACGCAAACGGAGGGUGGGGUGCCGAGUACGCCAUGCCCAUCACAACCUCAAAGACAGUCCAGGGCACUGGGUCUUAUGUUGACAAGUUCGACGGCGUCGCCUUAGACCCCCGUUGGGAGUGGAAUCACAACCCCGAUAAUAAUGUCUGGAGCUUGGGAUACGACGGUCUCACCCUGCGAACUGCAACGGUAUGCGAGGGGCUGUACGGAGCCGCAAAUACCCUUACGCAACGCAUCGUCGGCCCCAGAAGUCAGGCUACGUUCCGUCUCGAUAUAUCUGGGAUGGUGGACGGGGACCAGGCAGGUAUAGCAGCGCUGCGUCAACUAAGCGCUUAUAUCGGGAUACACAAGGUGAAUAGCGUGUCCAAGCUUGUGUAUGUUGACGAGAUCAGCAUGGUCGUGCGGGACUCGUUGACGGACUGGGUGACAACUUCGAAUGGACAGGUCAAAGCGGAAGGACCUACUAUCGCUGGCAGCGACUUGUGGCUUCGCAUCAAGGCCGACAUUGCACCACCUGUGGCCGGAUCGGGUGCGUGGCCCAAUGCCACGUUCUGGUACAGCACCGAUGGUGACAACUUUGAACAGCUUGGGCCUGUGUAUGAGCUGAACAACGAGUGGUUCUUCUUCAUGGGGUAUCGAUUUAGCGUCUUCAAUUGGGCUAAGUCUCGUUUGGGUGGCAGCAUCCUGAUUCGGGAGUACGAGCUGGAGAUGCUGGAAUAGGGAAAGCUAAUAUCUUAACUGUACUUCUGAGAGGGGUGUUCAAGAACAACUUGGCCGCUUUUGAGGCUCCUGAGAUGGAGUGCGAAACUUCGAUUCUUCGGCAAGAGGAUAAGAAAUUGUUUCUCUUCUUGUUGGCAGACAUUUAGAUGGUUUAGUAAUUGGUGUAGAAAAUAUGCAGCCAAUUUUGAUCACAUCUCGCUUACCGCAAUAUAGAGUAGUCGCCUUCGAUGUCUGCGAACACAACGCCGAUGCCACCCCAAUACAUGUCGCCCAUCACCAUGUUUGCCUACUCAGGGCUCG